AUGCUGAGUUUCCUUCAAAAGCAUUUACAAAGUUCACUGAAAGUUUACAAUAAAAACACUGUGUACGAUACAAUCAGGCAGUUCACGCAAGCGUUCAUCAAAUUGUAUAAAAGGCUCGUGAGCACACAAGAAGCAGACAAGCCGAUGCGCCUCUACAUUCUCUUAAUCCUUGUGCAGAUAGAGACGGCGCUCUCGCAAAAAUCUGAAAAGAAUGAACAUAUUUGUUUUAAUGAAGAAUACACGUACAACCUUCAUACUUAUCCAUGUGAUGUCACGUUUGGCCAAUUUGAUACAGCAAGAUCACACGCACAACAACUUCAAGAACAUUUCUAUAAUGGCCUAAACAUGACUCCUUCAAUUCCGUUAAUGCGUGUCGCCUGCGCUGUGGGUAAUGGUGUGAAAAUUCCGGAAAAGUGUGGUUUCGUGUAUUACACAACCGAAUAUCGACAUCGAAAAACUCAAAUGGUCGAGAUCAUCAAAGAAAAGUUGAAGGCUGCGAGCUCACUUGGCGAUUCACCUUCCCACGAAAAAGGAGCAGGCGGACCUCCGCCUACCGCGAAAAGUGGACCAGAUGGACCAGAAACUGAUUCGUUUGGAUCGAAUAAGUCCGGACCGGGUCUAGCUACCGAAGACGAAAAAGGAGGCCUCGGUCUCUCGACUUCUUUGGAGGAUCCUUAG